UUAUGCUAAGAAGUGGUGCGCGCCGCGCUCGCCCGCCGCCCGGCGUUGGAAGGGGCGGGCAGGGUCCCCGCGGCGGUCCAGGUGAAGCCGCCCGGCUGCCGCGGGGCUGGGCCGCUUCCGGUCCUGGGGGAGGGGCGCCCCGCCGGCCCUCGGGGCGCGGAGCCCGGCGGCUGCCCCCAGCCUUCGACGUCCCCCCGAGCCCGUUCCUCGACAGCCGCGCGGCUGAGUCACCGGGCCGCUCGGGCACGGUUGCGCCCGGGCACGUGGCAGCGCUCCUCGCCCUUCGGCUCCUGACGUCUGACCCGCCGCAUCCCGACCCCGGGGUGGAAAAGUCCGGAGGGCGCGGCCGGCGACGGGGCGGGGGAGGGGACGAGCCUCGAGGUGCCCGCGUGUCCGGGCCGGGGCUGCGGCGGAGGUCGGGGCGCGGCCCCCCCAGACCCGCCGCGCUGCUUUCAGACGCGCGCAGGGGCCACCUCCCCCCUGCCGCCAUUCAUUUUGCGCCGUGCUGAGGAGCCUCGUUCGCUGGCUGGCCGGGGCCGCGCCCCGAGGCGCCCGUGGUCGGCCGGGAAAGGGGCUCCCGGCUGCCGCUCGGCACCCUGGGCGACAAGUGCUGGCCCGGCGCUAUCAGUAGGGAGCCGUGCCAAGUCUGAGGGCCCGUCUAAAUUCGGCUCCCUGCCCCCUCCCUCCCCCCCUUGCUGGCCCGGGGCGGGAAGGGUGGGGCCCAGAGAGGCCACCAUGAGGACCCUGAGAGCCAUGGCCAUGCAGAAGAUCUUUGCCCGGGAAAUCCUAGACUCCAGGGGCAACCCCACGGUAGAGGUGGACCUGCACACGGCCAAGGGCCGAUUCCGAGCAGCUGUGCCCAGCGGAGCGUCCACGGGUAUCUAUGAGGCCCUGGAACUGAGAGAUGGAGACAAAUCCCGCUACCUGGGGAAAGGGGUCCUCAAGGCCGUGGAACACAUCAACAAGACCCUAGGCCCCGCUCUGCUGGAAAAGAAACUAAGCGUUGUGGAUCAAGAAAAAGUUGACAAAUUUAUGAUCGAGCUGGAUGGGACUGAGAAUAAGUCCAAGUUUGGGGCCAAUGCCAUCCUGGGCGUCUCCCUUGCCGUGUGCAAGGCUGGCGCAGCGGAGAAGGGGGUCCCGCUCUACCGGCACAUCGCAGACCUCGCCGGGAACCCGGACUUGGUCCUCCCAGUCCCUGCCUUCAAUGUGAUCAAUGGGGGCUCCCAUGCCGGGAACAAGCUGGCCAUGCAGGAGUUCAUGAUCCUGCCCGUGGGAGCCAGCUCCUUCAAGGAAGCCAUGCGCAUCGGUGCCGAGGUCUACCACCACCUCAAGGGGGUCAUCAAGGCCAAGUACGGGAAGGAUGCCACCAACGUGGGUGACGAGGGCGGCUUUGCACCCAACAUCCUGGAGAACAACGAGGCCCUGGAGCUGCUGAAGACGGCCAUCCAGGAGGCCGGCUACCCGGACAAGGUGGUGAUCGGCAUGGACGUGGCGGCGUCCGAGUUUUAUCGCAACGGGAAGUACGACCUCGACUUCAAGUCCCCCGAUGACCCCGCAAGGCAUAUCACUGGGGAGAAGCUGGGGGAGCUGUACAAGAACUUCAUCAAGAACUAUCCUGUGGUCUCCAUCGAGGACCCCUUUGACCAGGAUGACUGGGCCACCUGGACCUCAUUCCUCUCGGGGGUUAACAUCCAGAUUGUGGGGGAUGACCUCACGGUCACCAACCCCAAGAGGAUAGCCCAGGCCGUCGAGAAGAAGGCCUGCAACUGCCUGUUGUUGAAGGUCAACCAGAUUGGCUCCGUGACCGAGUCCAUCCAGGCCUGCAAACUGGCUCAGUCGAACGGCUGGGGGGUGAUGGUGAGCCACCGCUCCGGGGAGACUGAGGACACAUUCAUCGCUGACCUCGUUGUGGGGCUCUGCACGGGACAGAUCAAGACUGGUGCCCCCUGCCGCUCAGAGCGCCUGGCCAAGUACAACCAGCUCAUGAGGAUCGAGGAGGCUCUCGGGGACAAGGCUGUCUUUGCUGGACGCAAGUUCCGUAACCCGAAGGCCAAGUGAGAAGCUGGAGGCCCCCAGACCCCACAGGACCCAUCUAGGCCUUCGAGCCCUUCCCCGGGGAAAUAAACACUGGUGGCAAGCAA